GUACUUCAAACACAGUGUAUCCAAGAAUUUCAUUAUCCAAUGCUCCUUUCUUUCAUAUGCGGAGAGGUAAAAAUCGCAUAAGGUAUUUUCAUCAUGAAAUGCUUUGCAUAUUCGCCACGAUUAAGUUCAAAGACAAUCUCUUGCUCCCUGAGGACCAGUUUUAUUUUCAUCGUGUUAUUUCUUUGUAUAUUUACUUAUUUCGUAAUCAUCAAAAAUCUGUAUCUAGGAGCCAGAAAUAAUGUACUACAUGCUGAUACCUCCAGACAUCCGUUUGACUGUGCAGCACUCGUAAGACAGGAUGAAUUUGCUUUGUCGAACGCAGAAAACUACUCUGCCUUACAUCCACACGUUUCUUUACCUAAUGGAGAAUAUACUAAAAAAUUGAGCAAAAAUUGUGAUGAAUUUCGGAAACGUGGCAGGUAUAUCACUCUGAAGGAUGUUACAGGAGAAGAACAAGACUUUCCUCUUGCUUAUUCCAUCAGCCUUUACAAAAAACCCGAUCAAGUUGAAAACUUACUGAGGGCCAUUUACCGUCCACACAAUUACUACUGCAUUCACGUUGAUAAAAGUUCUAAUCCUUUGAUAUUGAGUGACAUGAAAGCAAUAGCAAAGUGUUUACCUAAUGUUUAUAUUGCAUCUCGCAUUGUCGACGUUGAAUGGGGAGUAUUUUCUCAAACGGAAGCUGAGUUAAUUUGCAUGAGGGAUUUGUUAAAAUAUAAAAAAUGGAAAUAUUUCAUAAAUUUAACGGGACAGGAAUAUCCGUUGAAAACCAAUCUUCAGAUUGUACGAAUUGUUAAAGCGUUAAAAGGAGCUAACGAUAUUGAAGGAACACGUAAUAAGUAAGUAUUAUUUUUUUUUUUGAUAUUAGAGCAUUGAUGUUCUUGCAGUUUUCUAAUUUGCUUA